CAAAUCAGCUGUUUUAGACAGUGACAAUUGCCUCUGUGCUCCUAUGCACUAUUUAUUUUGAUUAAAACCCCUUUUAAAAGGCUAAGAAAGUCGAAAAAAAGCUUCAAACAUGUUUUAAUAACGCUAAAGUUCGUUUAUUUAAGUGUUAUGUGUCAAUUUGUAUCAGUGCUCCGGCGGCAAUGAGUUCCAGAAUAAGGGAAAAUGUUAAGCGUUUCUUCGAGUGUUUUUGCGAGGUGGUGCCCCCGCGGGAGGGCAAGGAGCCCUGGAUAAUCCAGCAAUACCCUGAGACUUACAGGGACCAAGAGGUCUUGAAGUCGGUUCCAAAAUUUGCAUAUCCUUAUCAGUUUGAAAACACCGUUAUCCAGCACUACUCUUUCGUGCUCACCGACUUGGAAUCAAAAUGGACUUUUGGGUUUUGUAGGCACGACCCCAAAUCAGAAACUUCUAUUGUUGUUUUAAGUUAUUUACCGUGGCAUCAGUCUUUUUAUAAGUUUUUAGAUACAACCGCAGUAUUAAUGCACAGUUCUCGUACAGAGGACUUGAGUGAGUUUCUCUCGGUAGUUUAUAGUACAAAAAUAGCUGAACCGGGUCGAAAGUUUGUCAUAGCGAUCAAUGGGGGGCAAUGUACCUUCUCAGUGGAUAUUCCUAGGCCCUUUCAGCUUCCCAGCAUACCGGAGAAUCGCAACUUAACCGAAUAUUACAACGCAGUAGACACCAACAAUAUGAUGGUCAUUUUCGCCUCUAUGCUCUACGAACGUCGCAUAAUUUUCACCUCGAAACAACUAAAACGGUUAAGUGCGUGCGUCCAGUCGGUCAAUGACGUCAUUUACCCGAUGAUCUGGCAACAUAUAUUCAUUCCGGUGUUGCCUCAGUCCCUUAUGGAGUACUUGUGGGCCCCCAUGCCCUAUUUGAUCGGGGUGCCCGAUGAAGUCAUGAAGACGGUGUCCAGAAGUGAAAUAGGGGACGUGGUGAUCCUUGAUGCGGAUGCCAACACUGUGGAGACCCCUUUCGAUGAUUUAAACAAUUUACCUCAGGAUGUGAUAAAUUCACUAAGGAAACAACUGAGGAACAAAUCUGCAGUGCUAGGGGACGGGGUGUCCAGGGCUUUUCUGAGGGCCCUGGUGCAACUGAUCGGAGGCUACCGGGACGCCCUGAAGUUCCAGCCAGGGCUGAAGGUCACGUUCGAUAAAGAGAAAUUUAUCGAGACGCGAUCGUUGGCCCUGCAGCCCUUUCUGAAGGAUAUGCUGCAGUUGCAGAUUUUUCAGCAGUUCAUCGAGGAACGACUGACGAUGUUGAACACCGGCCGGGGCUUUUCCGACGAGUUCGAGUUCGAAUUGGAAAAUUAUUCGGCUAAGUCGGGGUCGAAGUUGAAACAGCAGUACAAGGAGUGGACUGCCACCAUGAAAAAGGAGGGAACUGCUUUUUUUAAGAGUGUGAAAGAUAAGGCCAAUCCGGCGAUGAAAUCCGCUGUCAAAACGGUAAAAGAUGGCGGCAAGGGCAUGAAAAGUGCCUACAAAGGGCUGCGGUCCAAGCUCAAAGAGGGCCAAGGGGGCGGCGAGUAUCCCAACGAACCGAAACCGAAGUCCGCCCCCAACUCUCCCACGGGAAAACGGAAAAUCCUGCCGGGAUUUUCCGUACCGGUGGCGACGUACAAAAAGGACGCUUCCUUAGCCCUUAAAAAUGCCGGAUUGCAGAGAUCGUACAGCCCUCUAAGUCCGAACUCGCAGCCGAUCACGCCCGAUCUACUGGACACGCCCCGUAGCGGUAGCCCGAUCGAAUUCCCGAAGAUCGACCUGAUGAACGAGAUGCAAGACAUCUUGCGGCAACGCCUGGAACUAUCUCCGCCCGUUGACAGAUCCUUGAAACCGGUGCGCAGCCUCGAAAACUUCAAAAGUACCCCCGGCAGUCCCGAGAGGUGGUACCCGUUGCCCCCGCCGCGCCCCUCCCUGCCCCCCACCGCCACUUUUUCAUCGCCCACCGCUCGCUUUUACACCAAUCAUCUGAAUCACAACGCGGCAACGUCGCACAAUCACGCGCAUCGGGGCGAUACGCAGAACUUGCUGCAGUCGCCGCUAGAGGACCCGGACGACUUUUUCGUCACCGCCCCCUCCAAACCGUUCGUGGUGGGGGGCGGGCACGGGGCCAAUGGGGAGUCGUUGUUUUACGUCGCCAAUAGGAACGUCGUCGACGUGGUCAAGCUUACGCCGCCGGCGCAGAGUAGGCGGAAGCAACCGGAGGAGACCGAAGACCUGAUCCGACUGGACUCGAACGACCUGGACGACUUCGAUCCGUUAAAAUCCUCGUCUACGUCAUCGUAUUCGACCCCCACUCACCACCACCACCAAGGCCCACUCAGCAUCUCCAAUCCUCUCUAUAAUUCCUCGUACGAGAAUCACGAUUUACGUGCGAACGGAUUAUCGCUGAGCAGACAGGACCGGGAUCUGCUCCAGGAUUACGGAUUGAACUUCGAAUUGACCGGCGGCAGUGGCGCCACCGUCAACCGGGUCAACGCGCAGGGUCAAUGGACCAAAUUCGAUUGAAGAGUUGAGACUGAGAGUGCGCAGGAGUAUGACGGACUUCCAGUGAUGGUCGAAAAAGUUCCCACUACCGACUUAAUUUAGUGUCCAAGUAGGCCCUGGAAGGGGGUGUUUUAAGUCACUUGGAGCGAGAUCUGCAGUCCUGCCUGGCCAUUAGUUAUGUCUAAUUGAGUCAAAAAGUUGUUCGAUUUUUUAGGUCCUGUGUCCUGGAGAGAAAUGUUAUGUACAAAAGUCCCUUGGAGUGAGAUCUGGAGGUCUGGCCGGCCAUUGUUGUCAAAAAAUUUAUUUUUUAGGUCCCGAAGAAGGUGUUAUAUAAAGAAAGUCUUCGGGAGCAAAACCUGGAGGUCUGGCUGGCCAUCGAUCACGUCUAAUUGAAUUUUGCAAGCAGUCAAUCAAAACAAAUCAGUUUUUAGGUAUAAGAAAUGUUGCCCUAUAAAAAUGUCCCUUGGAGCAAAGUCUGGAGACCUAGGUGGCCAAAAAAAUCUAUUGUUUCGGCCUUUUCGCCCUCCUCAGGUGAAAUAAGACAACGUUAACGACUAAUACUAAAAUUUUUAUUGAGACCAGUGUAUGUAAAAUGUGGGGGAAAAAAAAACGAAAAAAACCAUAAUCCAGAAACAAACGCGCCUUAAACCUUAAGUAAAAUCAAACGUUUUCUUUUCUUGUAUAGACUUAGCUGUGAUAUAAAACCGUUAUUUUAUAUUAAAUUUGAAAUUUUUACUAUUGAUUUGUUCGUAUUUAAAUAAAUUGUACUGUAAUUAAUUAA